UCGCAGGUUUCGUCAGCCCCUGGUUUUUAAAAUCCCGUUCCGUUGUCCAAUUCUGCCUCCUCUUUUUCAAGAAUUUUCAUUGUUCCGCGUUCUAGGGUUUUCCUUCUCGGCCCAUUUCGGUUCACAGAGCUCCGCUAAGCUAUCAAAGGUCGCCAUGGCCGCUAAAUCUCGCGCUCUUCUGCUGACGAAUAUCGUCGCUGUUCCGAUUGGAGCGGUUCUUUCUGCGAUUAAGGACUCUGGAAGCCCAAUUGUUGAUGAGGAUGAUGUUCUUGUCAUCACCCAAGGCGAUUCAUUGAGAGGGAAACUGCCAGUUGAAUCUGCCUCUGUGGAAGUCGUUGUUUCUGUUUGGAAAGCUCUUGAUCUUGUCACUGAGCAGUUGCUUGAAGAGAUUGGUAGAGUCUUGAAACCUGAUGGAAAGAUCUUAGUCCAGACAUCUUUGGCUUCUAACGAGGAUGGAGAUAAGGAAAAGUCUACUUUAGAGCGGAAACUACUCUUUGCAGGGUUUUUAGACGUAGAAGCGAUAGAUACUAAAGCUCUCUUGCUGCUUGAAGGUGAACAGCCCCUUACGAUCAAGGGUAAGAAGGCUUCUUGGAAAGUGGGGUCGUCAUUCUCCAUCAAGAAAGUUACAAGAACUGUUCCCAAGAUUCAGCUUGAUGACGAGUCAGAUCUUAUUGAUGAAGACGGUCUCCUUACUGAAGAAGACUUGAAAAAACCACAGCUUCCAGUUGUUGGGGACUGUGAAGUUGGAAGUACAAGGAAAGCUUGCAAGAACUGCACUUGUGGCCGAGUGGAGGCAGAGGAGAAAGCAGUGAAGCUGGGGCUUACUGCUGAUCAGAUAAAUAACCCUAAAUCUGCAUGUGGAAGUUGUGGUCUUGGUGAUGCCUUUCGUUGCAGUGGAUGCCCUUACAAGGGUCUUCCUCCAUUCGAGCUGGGUCAAAAGGUGUCACUACCGCAAAAUUUCCUCACUGCUGAUAUUUAAGAAGGAAGGUUGCUCCAUAUCAGGAUGUACUGUGGCUAUGUAUCAGUGUUAGAACUGAGGUUAUAUGCACAUAUCCAAUUGACAGACAACUAUAUCAAAGACUGAAGAACAAGAAUGACGAAGUUAUGCUGUAUACCUUUUUUUAUUUUGCUCCUUAUAUCAUGUUGGUUUUGUUUAAUGCAUUGUAAGAACCUCAAAUCCAUAGACUGGCAUGCUAAUGACUAUUAUCAAAAUUUUUGCUUA